ACCUGCAGAGAGCGGCAUGUUGUGUUAUAACUAGAGAAGGUGCAUGCAGAAGAAGAAAAUGCGGAAGUGUGCACGAUGUAAACAACCGACUCACCCAAGUAGCGUUACGAAUGAAAUCCCUAAUUUGAAGUGAGCCAGCGGCGUGUGAUUCCUGCUGUCUGCGGCCACCAUGCCUUAUCUGGGCGGAGAGGACACAGUGAAGGAGCUGAGGAGAGCUCUGUCCAACCCCAACAUCCAGUCCGACCAGCUGCGCUACAGGAACACCAUCCUCAAGGUCAUCAGGACGAUGUCACAGGGGGUGGAUGUGUCCGGCCUGUUCAGUGAGAUGGUAAAAGCAUGUGCCACAGUGGACAUAGUCCAGAAGAAACUUGUCUAUGUCUUCCUGUGUGCCUAUGCCACUUUAAACCCAGAGCUGUCUCUGCUGGUCAUCAACACGCUGAGGAAAGAUUGCCAGGAUCCAAACCCCAUGGUCCGCAGCCUGGCCCUGAGGAACAUGACCAACCUCAGGCUACCCAGUCUGGUGGAGUAUCUGGAGCAGCCUCUGACAGCAGGACUAAGGGACAGAGCAGCUUGUGUACGACGAGUGGCUGUACUCGGCUGGGCCAAACUAUACAAUCUCCAACGCAGCUCUGACAUCGAUGCUACAGUGGUGAAUGAGCUUUACAGCCUGCUGAGGGACCCAGACCCAGUGGUGAUGGUCAACUGCCUCCGAGCUCUGGAGGAGAUCCUGAAGGAGGAGGGAGGAGUCGCUAUUAACAAACCUAUCACCCAUCACCUCCUCAACAGGUUGAAGGAGUGUGAUGUUUGGGGUCAGUGCGAGGUGUUGAGGAUCCUCCAGCGCUACCGGCCUCAGUCAGAGGAAGAGCUCUUUGACAUCUUGUCCCUGCUGGAUGCUUCCCUAGUCAGCCCCCACCCCCCGGUCACGGCCGCUACUCUCAGCCUCUUCCUCAACCUCUGCUCCGGCCUGCCUGCUGUCAGUCUGGCGGCCCUGGAACGAGUACGUGGACCCCUGCUGGCCGCCUGUGGGAGCGUGUCCAGAGAGAUGAGGUUCACUGCCCUCUGCCACAUACAGUUGCUGUUGCGUUCUGUCCCUGGCCUAAUGGGGGCGCACUACAAACGUUUCUUCUGUGGCUAUGCUGAGCCAGCCUACAUCAAGCAGAGGAAGAUGCAGGUGCUGGUGGAGCUGGUGAAUGAUGAGAAUGUAGCCAUGUUACUGGAUGAGCUGAAAGGAUACUGCACUGAUGUCAAUGCUGACACUGCCCAGGCUGCAAUCUCAGCUAUAGGUCGUAUUGGACGGAGCUACAGCGACAGAUGUCUAGAGAUCCUUACUGGACUGCUCGGGCUCAGACAGGAGCACAUCACUUCUGUGGUCGUGCAGACUAUGCGUGACCUGGUCUGGGUGUGUCCUCAGUGUAGCGACACUGUGUGUUUGGCUCUCGAAGGCUGCGAGGAGACUCUGCAGGAUUCCCAGGGCAGGCAGGCCCUGCUGUGGUUGCUGGGUGUGUAUGGGGAGCGAGUCUCCAGCGCCCCCUACACUUUGGAGGUGUUCAUUGAUGGAGUGAGGAGCGAGUCCUCUCUGGGAGUCAAGAUGGAGCUGCUGACGACCACCAUGAGGCUGUUUUUGUGCCGGCCUGCUGAGACACAAGACAUGCUUGGAAGACUGCUGCACUACUGCAUAGAGGAGGAGACAGACAUGUGUGUGCGUGACCAGGCGCUUCUCUACUACCGCCUGUUGCACUGUGGGAUAGAAGAGACACGUAGGGUCCUUCAGUGUCGGAGAUCAGACCCGUCUCUGGGUGUUCUGAUUGGCCGCCCAGCGGAGCCUAUCAGUCAGUGGGCAUGCAGCUUUAACACUCUGGAGCCUCUGAGACAGGGCGCCGUAGAGACAGAGUCCGCCAGCAGAGGAAGCCCUGAACAUGUGACAUUUGACCCCAAGCCUAACACCGACCUCUCAGGCACACUGAACUGUAGCCAAGGUGACACGGUUCAUGCAGGCACAGACAGUGCUAAUAGAUGUACAAACUCCUUUUCUGAUGUCCUGGCUUCCAGCGAUGCAGUCCCCCUCAGUUUGUCCCUCUCCCCAGCUCUCAGCCCAGAGGAGUUUCAGCGUCUGUGGCUGCAGAGACAGACUGAGCAAGGUGCUGAGAAAACAGAAGAGGAGGAGGAUUAUGUGUGUUUGGAAGAAUGUGUCCAAUGCCCUGCGAUAACUCACUGUUCACCACAGAGCCUUCAGGCUGCGAUGCAGCUGGUCAAUAUCCAGACAUUGGCUUACACGCCGCCGCACACACUCCCCUGGAGGGUCUACCUGUACACACACACCCAACGCGCACACUCUGGCAACACACCCCACAGCACGCUCAUACUGGGGGAGCUGCUGUACACUGGAGAGGCAAAUCAGAAAGUAGUUAGUAAGGAAGCUGUAGAGGGCGGGGAAGAGAAGCAGGUGAAAGAGGGAGAGGAGGCCACAGUUGAUGGGCUGAGUGGGAGAGAGUCGGUGAGAAUAAACGGAGAAGAGGAGGAAGUAAAAGUGACUCUGAAGCAGCAACCAAGAGAUGACAAAGCUCUGAAGGGGUUUCUCUCCAUCAUCACCACUGUACUGCACACACUGUCCUCAGAGCAAAAUUAAAUAUGCAUCGCAACCACACACAGACACAUCAUCAGCUGAAAUAAUUGAUGCAAGAGAGGAGUCUUAACUGGAGUCAGAAUGUGAUUUAACAAGACCACACUAAAGUAAAGUUCAGCUGAGGGCCACUAAUCUCCUCAGUUUGCUGUUUUUUCAGAGUUGAGCCAUAAUAAGUAGAUUAAAGAAUAGUUGGGGUUAGGUAAAGGUUUGGCCUACUGGGGGCACCAUGGAGGACUAGCCUCACUGCAGUCAGACACAUGCCCUGAUGGAAGCAACCACCUUACUCAUUCACAGAAAGUCGAAACAAGAGUUGUUGAAGAAGACCUGCCAGCUGCUUACUAGUUCAGAGUCAACUGAAACUGACCCAGAGUUUGAGUUACCUUUCUUUCUUUCUAAGUUAACAAACUCAGAGUUUUCACUAAGCGUGCUUUCUGGAACUGAAAGGCAUUAAGAAUAUUGUUCUUAUUUCUGUGUGCACCUCUAAGCUCUAACCAGAUGCCUACCCUUGAAUGUAGAUUAAAUUUUACUGGUGUGUGUGUGUGUGUAUGUAUGUACAUUGGAGGCUAUCAUGAUGUAAAUGCAAACACAUGAAUUGCCUUAAAACAAUAAACACUUGAUUUCUUUCUGCA